CGCUAUUCUCCGUAUCAAUCCAGCUGUGCCAGUCCUUCCACAAUGACGUCAAGGGCUGUAAGGCCUUCUACCGUGGCAAUGAUCAUCUGGCUUGCGGCUUCGGCCCUAAGUAUCCUGGCGGCGAGAAACGGAAAGCCGCCCAAUGGACGCAUGGAAGCAAUGGAAUGGUGUGGAAAAGACCUCAAUCCCGUUGAAACUGCCAGAUUCGGUCGCACGGCCACUGGAGGGUUUAUGAGCUGCAAGGACGUCAUUUUGAGACUAGACGUCAGACCUGCAAUUAUGAGGGAGUUUCGGAGGGGCUGUACUAUUGCCAGGAUGUGCUACGCCCAGAAUGAACAUUUGCUCAUUGAAAAGAAAAGCUUUCGUCCUGGAUCACUUGCACAUAGGAAAGGCCUCAUCGAUUGCUUCGACACCUACAUGCAACUUCUUUCAUCAUUGGAUCCGGAGGCCUGCCAGGAGUACAAUUUCAAUGUCUCAGCGCUUACCCAGUUAUUGAGGGGGUGCAUGCACAGCUACCUGCCAAGCGACGAGAAGUACUUGAUGGCCGGGAUGAAGUGGUUCAAGGGUUUCAUGUCUGGAUAGUCAAACUCAUUCACUCGAAUAAAUCUU